AUGGAAACUGAAAACACAUCAGAUGUGUGUGCAGCUGUUGUUAAAGGCCAAGCCCUUUUUAGAAAGAAUGCAGCACAACACUUGUCUGAUCUCACAAUGCUGCAACAAACUAAUCCAUCAUUCAAGGAAUCUUUGGCAAAAGAUAUAGAAUGUAUCAGGGUUGAUGGGGCCUCUGAUGACGGGCCAGGGCAUGACGAAGUCCAAUUUUAUUGGACUGAGAGACAUUUGUCAAUGAGCAAGGCAUGUACGAUUGUUACUACAAGGCACAGUGGUUCCAGUUACCUUAACAAAGUCGAACUCCUGAAUGGAUGUAUUUCUGUAGGUCAUUCUAAUGUUUUCAUACCAUGAACGUUGAAUGGACCAUGCUAUACAGAUGAAGGCUCAGUUGAUAAAGAGAAAGUGAAACCAAACCAGGACACUGCAACUGAUGUCUACAUUGACCAUGUUUCUGGUUCAACGUUCAAUGGGAAAGAAAUUUAUUUCACAAAAGGGGCAAGUGAUGCUCAGGCAAUUAACAACCAAACCAGACGCGAUCACCUUUUGGUGUUCUUGAAAGGAAGUAACAAGUAA